AUGUCGAAGUUUAAUGGGAUGCGAUGGCUAGAAGAAAGGAAAACCUAUCUCACUCUUGAUUGGAAACCCUAUGCGAAGUCGCCUUGCAUUUUCAGCGCAUCACCGCCCUUGUUAAAAGAAUGCGAAUAUGCGUAUGUGCCUCGGAUUGUUUCGAUCGGCCCUUACCAUUUCGGAAAGAAGGAGCUCAGAGAAAUGGAAACAUUCAAAGGCGAUGCAGCACGUAGAGAGGUUUUCAGAAUUCGGAAGGUAACUAAUAAUUCCCAAUUUAAGUUCGAGCAUGUGAUUGAUAAAAUUAGGAGUAGGGAAGAGGAGAUAAAGAGGUGCUAUGAUAAGGGAACACCAUUCAACGGUGAGGUUCUGCUUUGGAUGGUGGGUGGGGAUGCUUGUUUCAUCCUUGAAUUUUUCAGAAAUCACCUCUGUCGAUUACAUGAUGACGACGGUGGUGAUGGUGAGUCCUUUCAAGAUGAUUGUGGGUUGGCGCCAAAAUUUCAUCCCAUUUUCGGAACCGAAACCGAGAAUCCAGGGGUUAAGUCGGAGAUCAUGAAGGAUUUAAUCAAGUUAGAUAAUCAAAUCCCACUCUUUGUCCUGGAAGAUGUUCUUGAUAUGGAGAUGAGGGAUUCCCGAGCUGAACUUGACAAGUUGCUAAGGAAAGUAUUCAAUAAAUUCUACUAUCGGCCUUUCGAGUUUUGUGCAAAGGGAGCAUCACGGAAACGGAGCCAUAUCCUGGAUAUAUAUCAUCACACGUGCCUUGGAGUUGUGGCACCCGAAAAUGAAAAGGAAGUGAAACUCAACGUUCAGUGCUCGCCUCUUGGAUGUGCUCUCCAACAAUACGAAAACUUGCCAAUUCAUAUUGGGCGUGAGAGAUGGGAGGAGUGGUGCCUAAAGAUUCCAUCUGCGGUUCAAUUAAGGAAUGGAGGAGUGAAAUUCCAGGCCAAUGGUAAAACUUUAGACGACAUUAGAUAUGAGGGAAAAACUCUUACUCUGGUACGGCUAAAAUUGGAUGUGGACUUAGAAGUAUACAUAAGAAAUUUAAUUGCCCUGGAGAUCUGUUCUCCGGACUCCGAGAUUAAAGGAAUGUCUGCAUAUUGUCAGUUCAUGUAUGAGCUGUGCCAAACAGUUAAGGGGGUGGAAGUGAUGAGAAAGAAGGGCGUCAUUAUUGGUAAUCUUUGGGAUAGCAAACGAGUCAGCCAACUAUUGAGCGUCUCCAACCUCACAAUUUCCCAACCAGCGCGCAAAUCCAUCAAAGAAACAAGGGCAAAACUGAGCAGCUGCUAUAAAACGCAGCGCUCUAUUCUUCUUACAACCCUUUGGAAUGAAUUCUUGAAAGCUUACGGUUCAAAACCAUGGAUGCUGGUUGGAGGCUUUGGAGCAUUUAUUGUCCUCUUUCUUACUGCUAUCCAGGGCUUUUGCUUGUUUAAAGACUGUGAAGCAUGA